GUCACAGUCGCUGUAUUUAUUGCCAUUGUACUUCGUACCGUCUUCCACUGACUUAAGCAAUAAUGAGCGACCUAGAAAACAUACGUCUUAAAAGACUUGCAAAGUUACAACAUGCAAGUUCAAGUGAUAAUGUUUCAAACAGAAGCAGCGAGGUGAGCGAGGAGCAUGAACCCAAGAGGCCGAAUAUUAGAGAGGAUGAAGAAAUGCCUGAUGUUGUUAGACAUCCCAUCGAGAAAAAACAAGAAAUUGCAUCACCUGCUCGCCCGAGUAGUCAACAGCGAAAAACAUUUUCCCGUGAAGAGUGGGUACAUGUCAUAACAAGCCAAACACUCAAUAUAACUUUAGAAUUGGAACAAAACGAAAGAUUUUAUUUGGAAUCAUUUAAAAGAGAUUUGGAAAGUGAAGGGCAUCCUUGUGUAUUUAACGAAGAUAAUGUCGAUUCUGCAUUACUAACUAGAUUGUCGGUAACUGGCGACAACACAUUCAAAUAUUUAUUAAAUUCUUGGAGCUCAGUAUAUAAUGUUCUUAAAAGAUUGCCGAAAGAUGAACACCUUCAAUAUAAAACCGGUUACCUCACGAAGUUGAAAUACCUCUUGGUAAGUUAUGCUGGCAUAACUAUAUUGUUGCCUGAUACCUUCAACUGUUCUCCCAUAAAUCUUGCUGAUUUACUUACGAAAUCACCUGGGAUACCGCUAGAGUUUGUUGUUGAUUUUGUUGCACGUUAUGAAAAUGAGGGUUUAGAUGAAUUUUUUAUUCCUGUAUUGGAAACGUUAUCGAUGAAGAUCAGUCGUAUGGACGUUGAGUCGUUCGAGAUGAAUAUUAUUCAAGUAGUACUGCAGUUAGUUUCUAUGAAACCAGUUGCUGUCCUAGUUCCUCAAUUGCCUUCUUGGUGUCCUUCAACAAACCCUGGCGAAAUUGAGUAUAAAACGUUUUUAGGAAGGAUUUCAAGCCUUACUGUUUUUACGCAAGAAGUUGCAAAUCGCUACUUCUCAAACUCCAAGGAUCGCUCGAUGCAGGAUAUCACGUCUUCUAUAAGUUCUCUGAGAGUGGUUAUUACUAGUUAUCAGGAGCAACUUUUUCAAAUUUUCAAUGCUCUUAUUCGAACGUCUCCAGAAAUUCGUGAGAAUGUAUUAGAUUUUCUUGCAAUGGUAGUAAACGUCAAUCACAAGCGUCAAUCACUUCAGGUCGAUCAAUUCGAUAUAACCUCAGAUGCUUGUAUGCUUAAUUUAGCUUAUGUCUUGAACAGAUUGUCUGAACCGUUUUUGGAUAUUAAAUUUUCAAAACUAGACAGAGUUCAAACGGAGUAUCUACGAAGACAUCCUCGUAUCGAUUUCAAAGAGGAAACAAAACUUAACGCAGAUCAAAAAUCUUCGGAAGAGUUUUAUUCUCAUUGUUUUGAAGGACCAAAUAAUUUCAUAUCUGACAUCUUUUUUCUGAAUCUCUCAUAUCAUCAUUUCGGUAUCAAUGCUGCUGUUAAGGCUCUAGAGCAAACACUUGUGAGUAUUAGAGACUCGGAAAAAUUAAGAGAGCGAUUAGAAGCUGAGCAAGCUGUCAAUUCAAAUGCAUUUCUAGCUCGACGUUUUUCCGCUCAAAUUGAUCGUCUGUAUCAACGAAUAGAUUUAGAUCGAUCCUUUGUGCAUUGCUAUGAAAUUAUGCUCACUCAGCCAUCUGAAACUUCUAGAUCUUACAAUUUUCUCAAUUUUGUCAUGGCAUGGUUGCUACGCGUAGCUAACAACGCUGCAUCUGAUUACCCAAAGGCACCUCUUGUGCUACCUUUCUCAGAAACAGCUCCAGAACUAUUUAAAAACCUUCCUGAAUAUUUUAUUGAAGCAAUUACUGAAUACGUCCUUUCUCUUUUUAAAACGUCUUCUUCUACUUUAACUACUCAUUCAUCAGAUACCUUAUGUGAAUUUUGUGUUACUUUGCUGACAAAAUCAUCCUAUAUAAAAAACCCAUAUUUGCGAGCAAAGCUUGUGGAAAUUCUCUUUUACGGAGUGCAGAAUCAGCAUGGUCAACCCGAAGUAAUGAUUGAUGUUUUGUCAACAUCGCAUAUUGCUACCAAAUGGUUGAUUCCUGCUUUGAUGGGUUUCUAUAUCGAAAUUGAGUCUACUGGUCAGUCUACUCAGUUUUAUGACAAAUUUAACAUUAGAUUUUACAUUUGUGAGGUUUUCCGUACCAUAUGGAAAUUACCAGCAUACUUUGGGAAGUUGGAACAAGAACAGAAAACUAAUUUGCCAUUUUUUGUGAAGUUUGUGGCUCUGAUGUUAAACGAUGCUACAUACCUUUUAGACGAAGCUCUUUUGAAAUUAAAGGAUAUUCAUGAUUUACAGGAAAGAGUUAAUCAAGCUAUCAACACAGGAGAGUCAAAUCAAAAUGUUCAAGAAUCUCAACAAAACUUGGUAGCUACAGAGCGUCACGCCUCGGUCUACUGUCAGUUGGGUAACGAAACAAUCUUGAUGCUUCGAUUGUUUACUUCAUCGAUUCCGAAAGCAUUCUGUGCUUUGGAAAUUGUUGAGAGAUUGGCUGCAAUGUUGAACUAUAAUCUACAAGCAUUAUGUGGUCCAAGAUGCAGGAAUUUGAAAGUACGAGAUCCCACAAAAUAUAACUUCGAUCCCAAGUCUCUAUUAUCCACAAUUUUGGAUGUAUACUUGAAUUUGUGCAAUGAAGACAAUUUUGUUGAAGCGGUUGCCCAUGAUGGACGUUCUUAUAGCAAGGAAAUUUUCGAUAGAGCUCUUGGAAUUGUUAGAAAACACAACUUGAAGUCUUCUUUUGAUGUUGAGAAUAUCUCAGACUUUGUCAACAAAGUGGAAAGAUUUAGGUUAGAAGAGGAAAAUGAAGAAGAAGACAUGGGCGAAGCUCCUGAUCAUUUCCUCGAUCCGCUAAUGUUCACAAUAAUGAAAGAUCCCGUGAUUCUUCCUAGAUCAGGAAUGUCAAUAGACAGAAGUACUAUUAAGGCACACCUUUUGAGUGAUAAUACGGAUCCUUUCAACCGUACUCCUCUUACUUUGGAAGAUGUUACGCCUAAUGAUGCGUUACGAGAAGAAAUUGAGGCUUAUAUGAAAUCCUUAAAAGAGAAACGAACAAAAAGAAAUGAUUGAGUUGGACGACUGCAUAUGACAGGAGGCUGUUGAAUGUAAACAGCGAUGCAUUAAUUUGAUCUGAUCUAAGACUUCAUUCAUAGUGAUAGUAAUACAGGAAACCUGGAAAUUAUAGAUAAAAUGAUGACAUUGAACAUUUAUAAGAAUAAAUUAUUACGCUAGUGAAAGCAUUCAAAGAGGGAAAAGUAAACUAUGA